AUGGGCCCACUACCCACCUUACACGAUCAUUGUGAUGUUGAACCACCACCCACAGUGUUAGAGUCCUUGCAGCUGACCCCAGGUUCCUUCCACUUCUGCCUUCAGCCAGAGUAUGACUCUCUCUACCAAGAAUUGGACCUGGACUCUCUUCAUGAAGAUCUUCAUUUCCAGUCCAUGCCAGGAACCAUGACAGAGACCUUGGCAAGCACACAUGAAUCCCACCCAACUGCUGAACUAGAGGAUCUCACAGAGGCUGAAGGAAAGGAGCUCAAAUCUGAGCUCACUAAAUUAGACGGGAAAAUUGUAACCUUACGCUGUGCCCUGGCAGCGAAAAAAAGACAUUGUAUGGAGCUCAAAAGAAAGCUGGGCCUCAUAACCUUGGUGGGGCUGAGGCAGAAUCUGUCCAAAAGCUGGCACGAUGUUCAAGUCUCCAAUGUCGACAUGAAACAAAAGAUGUCAGCUGCCCUGUCCACCAUGGGCUCUGCCAUCUGCAGGAAGCUUGGAGACAUGAAGAAGUCAGCCACAUCCAGAUCGUUUGAAGGUUCACCUAAGAUUCAGGUAUCCAGAGUUUUUAUUGAAGUUCCACUAUAUAGAUAUGAUUGA